AGAGGUCUGUCUCUCAGUCUCUGUCUGCAGCUUCAGUUCAGCCCGCCUGAUUCAGCUCUGUUCACCCGCACAGUGUGGGCUUUCUGUCCGUCUGGAUAGAGGCUACUGCUGGCUAGUCUGACAGCAUAUCAGUGGUUGGAGUAAAGGGUUAGAAGGCAGGGUUUAAUGUGGUGAAUCUGGACAGAGAAGGCAGAGAGAAGGGAAGCUCUACCCUCCCAGGGACACAACUCACAGUAAAUCUGCUGGAUCUACUGAUGUCUGGAAGCCACUGACAGUCAGAGGAACUCACUUCUGACCAGCAUCUAAGCUUCUCCAGAGUCUUGUUACGGGUCCAAGCCUCCUCCCUUAAGACACCCUUUUACACCAUCCACAAUCCUUCCCUCUACCCUGACUCCACAACUUGAGUUGCUAUGGCAGCCGCCAAGCCAAAAGGGCAGAACUCGCUGGCCCUACAUAAGGUGAUUAUGGUUGGCAGUGGAGGCGUGGGCAAGUCAGCUCUCACCUUACAGUUCAUGUAUGAUGAGUUUGUGGAGGACUAUGAGCCCACAAAAGCAGACAGCUACAGAAAGAAGGUGGUCCUGGAUGGAGAGGAGGUUCAGAUUGACAUUCUGGAUACAGCAGGUCAGGAGGACUAUGCAGCCAUUAGGGAUAAUUACUUCCGCAGUGGAGAAGGCUUCCUCUGCGUCUUCUCCAUCACUGAGCUUGAGUCGUUUGCUGCGACUGCGGAUUUCAGAGAGCAGAUCCUGCGGGUGAAGGAGGAUGAGAAUGUGCCCUUCCUUCUGGUGGGGAAUAAAUCGGACCUGGAGGACAGGAGGCAGGUGAGCGCCGAUGAGGCCAAGGCCCGGGCUGAGCAAUGGGGCGUAUGUUACGUCGAAACAUCUGCCAAGACCCGCGCCAACGUAGACAAGGUGUUCUUUGACCUAAUGAGGGAAAUUCGUGCCAGGAAAAUGGAGGACAGCAAGGAGAAGAACGGGAAAAAGAAGAGGAAAAGUCUGGCCAAGAGAAUUCGGGAGAGAUGUUGCAUUUUAUAGUAAAUGGCGCACUAGUAAUCGUUACCAUGCUCUUCUCCUAUGUUUUAAAUAUGUAUGUUUCUCUCUAUGUUCCAUAUUAUCACCCCAUUGCCAACUAAUCCUGGUCUGUGGGGUUUGCAGCAUUGUCCUGGUGUUUGUGCGUCAGUGCUGGAGUUGGUUUGAUAGAGAUUUUGAGGGGAUCGAGUCUCCUCAGAAGUAUCUAGGUGAAGCUCCCAGGGAUCUUUUUUUCCACUGAAAUGUGUUCUUCGUCAUAGAGCAAGCCCCAGGAUCCUGUUGCUCCUUCAAAUCACAAACCGGAGCCCUACAGGCCAAAAUACGUGGACCACUCUUAACUAUGACCCUUAUCUCGUAUUCAGGUCUCCUUGGUCCGUUGUCUGGCUGACCAUGAACUGCCUUAGAAUAAAAUGAGGUGGAGUUGACUCACUAAUGGACUUUAUAUGGAUAAUAAAUAAGGUCAGAGACACUGAAUACAGAUCAGCAGGGGGACUGUUGAGUGUCCUUGUUUUCAGUUGCGUAAAUAUGUUGUUAGAGUUAAGAUGGUGUGAAUUUACCAGUCGUCAGUUGUGAUUCAGUAAUGAGUUAUCAAGUAAUCGUUGCCAUGCAAAUUUAAAAAAAGCACAGUGAGGUUUUUGACCUUAGGUUAAUCACUGUUAAACCCUGGCUUGAGAACUGCAAAACACUAAAGUAUCUAAUUGUUGCUAACUGUGUGCUGUUUGUUUUUUAAUGUUUUGGCCCUUAUAAUUCACUCUGACUUUAACCCUGUUCUGCCAGGCUUGUGAAACACGUGAAUUGGAAACAGGAAGUUGAUUAAGUUGGUUGUAAGUGUUUGACUUCCUGAUGCCUUGAUGUCCAUUGUGAAUGUGAAGUGGACUGACCGGACAGUCCGAGCUCCACGUUAACACACUGACGAUUGGUCAGAUUGGAAUGGCAGGUUGCAGCAAAGGCCACAAUGUUUUAAUUAUCAGCACUGUCUCCACAGGGCCUCGGGCCACAACAGCUCUUUGUAUAGCCCUGUGAAAACCACUAUAUAUUUUUUUUUCUUUUUUCUUUUUGUGUGUGGUGUGUAAAUGUGGAAGUUUUGACUUCUUGUAUGCUGUUUUCUGUAUGGAUUUUCUAGACAAAUACACUAAACUGAAACGUAAUCUGAAACUGGUUCGGAUUUAUGUUUAGGGCUUUCAGUAACAUGGCCAGGUUAUUAUAUUAUUUACUAUCAGUCAUUUCAAAAUAUGUUAGUUUUGAUGUUUUGUUUUGUUGUAUGUAUACAAAAUUAUUUUCCCUUUUGUUUGUAAUCAUUCCUGUUUUUUGUCUUGCUUCUUAGCGCAGUGAACUAGUUUACCAAAAUCGUGAGAAUCAGAUGUAGUGGAGGCAAAGCUUGCUGUGUUGACUUAUCGCUUUCAAACCACUUCUACUAACUACUAAACACUGUACUCUUCACUGAUUUAAGCUGCAACACUAGCAAUGUCUGCGAUAACUGACCUUGAAAAUGAAUAAUUCAACAAUGACAAGUUGUGGAAGUAAAAUACUGCUAAGUGAUUUUUAUUUUAUUUAAUUUUAUUAUUAUUAUUAUUAUUAUUAUUAUUAUUAUCUUUUUUUGUUUGUUUGUUUUUUACUAUGUACGAGGUUUAAACUAGUACACAUUUGAAGAUCUAUAUAUAGAUAUGACCACUAAUGCACUACAGUCAAACUGAUGAAAUAUACAGUUCUGUGCAAAGGUUAUAGGCACCAGUGAAAUUAUAGAAUAUAAUAAUAGUUUUUUGCUCAGGCCAAAUAUUCUAAAAAAAUUCCAGAAAAAUAGCGUGUGUCAGGCUUCAAGUGGUUAAGCAGACUGAAGAUGCUGAUUAAUAUGGUCAGAGUUUAAAUCCUGUUUCAGAGAGUACAAUUCCAAGUCUGAGAGAGUACAAUUAAUCUUGCUCCCUCUGGGUGGGUGGAUGGUGCUCUCUCCCCACAUCACUCCCACUGGGAUGUUGGUCAGCACAGGAGUCUGUGGGCUGAUGUAUCAGAGCUGGGGCACUGCAUUUUCCUCUAAGAGUGUGGAAAGUUUGGAGCUCAGACACAUUGAGGAGAAAAUUGGGUUUACAGAUACAGAUAUCAACCCAAAACCACUUUUUUCACUUCUUUAAAGUAAGCUGUUAAUAAUACACUAAUCUAAAUGCACUUUGCUUAAUAUAGCACCUACAUAAUAUUAUGCUUAAACUGUGAAACUACUUCCCUAUGAAGAUGAAAAUACAAGGCAUGUAGGUUUGGGUUCCAGAGCACUACAACUCUGUAUUGAAUUGGCCCACCCCUAGUGUUUAGGUGCCUAAAACCUUUGCACAGUACUACGCAAUUAGGUAUAAUAAACCAUUUUCAUAAAUAGUAAAACAAAAAAUAUGGCUGAUGGCCAUUCAUCACCUGACAUAUUCAACUCUAACAACAGUGAUACAGUCAUUUAUGGCAAACCAAAGUUCAGUAGGGUAACAAUUAUUGAACUGUGUCUUUUUGCUUAAGCUUAAAGUGUGUAAGGGGUAGUUUGGGGAUUGCCUUGGUGGGCUUUCGUAGCAGAAUUGCUAAGCUGUGUUUUGCCUGCUUACUUACCAAUCCUGUCAUGGUGCUAUUUUUGCUUACUUACAAUGGCUUAAACUUUGCUGUUCACGUGUGCGUAAGUGUGGGUGUGUAAUAUAUGUAUGUAUGUGUGCGUGUGUUUGUAAAUGCACACAUGGGGGUUUGUUUAAAACGUGUGGUCUGAACAGUGUACAUAUCCCUAAAAAAAGUGUACAAUGAGUACAAUGUUCUAUAUAAUACAGCUAAACGGAUUUUGUCUGUAGUGUUCAGAAACCUGAUUUUUUUGUUUUUUUCUUUAUGUAGUAACACAGUGAACUGCCUCACGUUAGAAUGGCAGGGACUGGCAGGGACUGCCAUUCCCAGUUGUAGCAGCAGUGUUGCUUUGGCAAAAAACACUACGCUUCCUGAAUUUAGAUUUAUGUGUGUUUAAACCUAAUGCAUUGCCUUUAUGAAUAACACACUGCGUUUGUUUCUUUCCUUUUUUCAAGUUUUUAAUCUUUUCUCUGUCUCAUCUCCCCUUUGCUGCAGAUGUUUUAAGUUGUGAAUAUAAUUUACCCUCUUUGUCACAAUCUUACUUGGCCAUUCUUCUGCAUCUUUCCUUUUCUUUUUGUUUUUAAAGGCAUAUCUUAUUGCUGUGAACCAAGUAUACAGGUAAAUGACUUAUUAACACUUUUGCUGUUACAUUAACCAGAUGCCUGUAUACUUAACAUGUCUAACUUGUGAUGUGAGCCAUUGGAAAGGAAAAUAAAAUUAAGGUGAUGACUUUUUUUUUUACAAAAACA